AUGAUUUUAGUUAGUUAUAUUGCUUUAGGUGCGAUUGUUCUACUUAUUGCUAUUUUUAUAUACAAUCUUAUCCUAUAUCCCUAAAUAAGAUUGAAUCUAAUGAAAUAAAAGCAUGGAGAUAAAAUCAAAACAUUUUUCCAUAUUGGUGAAGGUAUUUUUAAAGAAUAUUAUACAAAUUUAACUUAGAAGAAAGAUAGCGUAGCAUUUAUAAGGGGCAUACACUAAAAAAACAUUAAAGCUCUUGCUUAUAAUCUUGGUACUAGAAUAUGCUUAAACUUUGUAGAUCCUGAGCUUGUCAAACAAGUACACUAAAAUCCAGAAGCUUUUCGCAAAAAUGAUGCAUCUUUAGCAAUAACAUUUUUAUUUGGUAAUUCAAUCCUAUUCGCAAAAGGAAAAAGUUGGCAAAGACAAAGAUAAUUUUUAGGCAAGUCUUUUCAUUUCGAAGAGAUUAAAAACUAUCUACCACUAAUUAAAGAAAUUUGUGAUAAAGUUUUUGAAAGAGUAAGCGAAAAACUAACUCAAAACGAUCAAUUAGAGAUAAAUGCUGUCAAAAUAUGCGAAUAAGUCACUUCUGAAGUUGUUUUUAGGGCAUUUUUUGGGUCAACUACUUAAAAUUUAGUCAUUACAAGAUAAGAUGGAAGCCAAAUACCAAUUGCUGAUGAACUCAUAUAAGCAAUCAUGAACUCAUUUUAACUCUUAAAAAAAGAUAAAAUAGCUCUUUUUAAAUAUUUAAUUUUCGGAAGAAAUAGCACUAAGUUCCUCCGCACCUAAGGAGAGCAAAGCAUAUUAAAUCGCUUGAUUGCUAUUAAAGAAAGCUGUCUCUAAGUGGUUUAAUAAAGAAAGAAUUAACUAUAGAAUGAUCCUACUUAAGCAAAAAAAAACUUUUUAGAUUAAUAUUUGUAUGAUAUGAUAACAAAUAAAUAGAGUGAAGUAAAUAAUGAAGAAAUUAUUGAUAAUUUCUUAGGACUUUUUUUUGCAGGAACAGACACUACUGGAAAUAUGACUGGAGUUGCUUUGUACUAUCUGUCCAGGUAUCCUGAUAUUUAGAAAUAAGCUAGAGAAGAAGUCAUUUAAAUCCUCUCUUAAAACUCUAAUAAAAGAAAUCAUAGUGAACUAUUUAGCCAGUUAACAUUUGAAAAUCUAUAAAACAUGAAUUUGAUAAACAGUAUUUUAAAGGAAUCGUUAAGGUUAAUCCCUCCUGCUAUAGAAGUUUUUCCUAGAGUAGCAAUUCAUAACAUGAAAAUUGGCGAAUUCUAGAUUAAAAAAGGAGAUUUAGUAUCUACCUAUUUCAUUUAUAAUUAAUCUAACCCAGAACUUUAUCAGGAUCCAGAAAUAUUUAAUCCUCAAAGGUGGAUGAAUGUAAAAGACUCAUAGAAUAAUUUCAACUUUACUCCGUUUUCACUAGGCCCUAGAAAUUGCAUCGGUUAGCAUCUUGCUAUGAUUGAAGGAAAAUGCAUGCUUGCUUGCAUAUUACUAAACUUCGAUAUUUUACCUAACUAUUAAUAGGAAGUUGUGAAGGAAUUGAGAGUUAUUUAUGGAUUCCAAAAAGAUAAUCUCAUAUAUUUUAAAUAAAGGAAAUAAAAUAAUUGA